CAAAAUGACAAGUGACAUGUAUCAUGUAUACUACAUGUAAUAUUUCUACUUCAAAUUAUAAAAGUAUUUAUUAACUCUUUUUGUUAUACAAUUUUAACGAAUACGAGAGCAAUAUGAAGAAAAAGGUCCUAUUAAUGGGUAAAAGUGGAUCUGGCAAAACAAGUAUGCGGUCUAUAAUAUUUGCUAAUUAUAUUGCCAGGGAUACUAGAAGACUGGGAGCAACAAUCGAUGUGGAGCAUUCCCACGUUAGAUUUCUUGGCAACCUGGUCUUAAAUUUGUGGGACUGUGGAGGUCAAGAGGCUUUUAUGGAAAACUAUUUUGCAUCUCAGAGAGACAAUAUUUUCAAAAAUGUUGAGGUUCUUAUUUAUGUUUUUGAUGUAGAAAGUAGAGAACUUGAGCGAGAUAUGCAUUAUUAUCAAUCCUGUUUAGAAGCAAUUUUGCAAAAUUCUCCAGAAGCCAAGAUCUUUUGCCUUAUUCAUAAAAUGGAUUUGGUAGCCGAAGAUCAAAGGGACAUUAUAUUUAAAGAAAGAGAAGCUGAUCUAAAAAGGUUAUCAAGACCUUUAGAUUGUACUUGCUUCAGGACAUCAAUAUGGGAUGAAACUUUGUAUCGGGCUUGGUCAAGUAUAGUUUAUAUGUUAAUACCAAAUGUUAAAGAGUUGGAGAAUAGUUUGCAAAAAUUUGCUAGUAUUGUAGAUGCAGAUGAAGUUCUCUUAUUUGAAAAGGCAACUUUUUUGGUUAUAUCUCACUGUCAACGUAAGCAUCAUAGAGAUGUUCAUAGGUUUGAGAAAGUGUCAAAUAUUAUUAAACAGUUUAAGUUAUCCUGUUCUAAAUUAGCAGCACAGUUCCAAAGUAUGGAAGUUAGAAAUUCUGCGUUUGCUGCAUAUAUUGAUAUGUUUACCAGCAAUACUUAUGUUAUGGUAUGUAUGUCAGAUCCCCAAAUUCCAUCAGAAGUUACACUUAUUAAUAUAAAGAAUGCUAGAAAACACUUUGAAAAAUUAGAAAAAGUAUCUAGUUCUGCUCCUACACUAGGUCGUUAAGUUUUAUUUUUGUUAUUGUUAUUUGUGCCAAAUUGUUUUCAUACCUAUUUUGCUUUUUUCUUUUAUUCUCAAGUCAUAUUUAUUAUGCAUAAAUAUCAAGUCUGUUAGUUAUUAAUAUAAUUUUAUUUUUGUAUUAAGUAAUAAGUUAUGUAUUAAAACUGCAUGAAAUAUCUUCACAAACUGUAUU